GAAAUGCCAAUGCAUCAUUGGAUUUGGUCAGGUGUUUAAUAACAUGUGGGAUUGCCUGAACAAGACCCAGGCAUGCAAUACCACUGAGCUCAAUGCCUUCGAUUCAACAGUGCACAGCUACUGCGAGAAGAUACCCUUCCCCUCAGCUAUUCCCUCCUUUCCAAAUAUCACGGCCUCAAACGCAACAGAGGACCCCUCCCCGGGUACAACAGAAAGCAUCUCCAAACUAGCCUGGUUUGGUAUUGGAGUCGUGAUCGGCCUGGUCGGAACGGGUGCGGUCUUAGGCCCAUUGUUCUGGUGGCAGUCACGGCGGUGGAGAGGGGGAUUCCAGUAUAUCGAGAAGCUCAGAAGCGCAAAGUUGAGUCAUGGAUGUUAUCAGUAUCCACGGGUGGAGCUGCCCCAGUUGCCAGGGCAUGGGGUUCCUGGCGAGGCCAGUGGACGUGUGCUGAAAGGCAUUGGAAGCGGAGAAAAUACCUAGCCGGGUAUUCAUAAGGCAUGGAAGAUGUUUGCGAGGUUGGGAAUCGAUGACCUAUUUUCUCUCUUUGGAGUCCAUGGUGAUGGUGUGUCUGAUACCCCUCUUCUAGAUGGGGGGUAUUAAGGUGUUCGUUGGAUUCAGGUGCAGAUGAACCACUUGGUCUUCACGAAGGGAUGGACCUUGCCAAACCAAAUCCUAGAUGUAUCCCAGAAAAUGAAUUUCCAUCUAUUCAGAUGGAAAACAUUGAAUAUUAUCUAU